CAAAAUAAUCAAAUUGAGAGAGAGAGAGAUUACUUUCUAAAUCAUUUAAGGAAGAAAUAGAACCUCAAUUUCCAACUUCUUCUUUGAGAAUUGCUAGUAUGAAGCCUUCUUCUCAACAUGAGUUUAUCAUCUUUCAAGCUUGACAAACUUUUUUCAAACAUAGCAAACUAAUUAUUUUAAGUCUAUUUAGGUAAAAUGCAAGGUCAAGCCUUUUAGGUCUAUCAAGUCAAAAUAAUUUUGAUGUUAUAAAUUCUCUAAAAGUAUAUUGAUAAUGUAUUUCCUUAUAUAGUAAACAUGAAUUGAGUUAAUAUUAACAUAAUAUAUAGAAUAAACAAUUUAAAGCUAAAACAUUCCACAAACUUUUGUUGAUUUUCUUGUAAAGGAGACAAUGUCCUUCCUCAACAACAUUGUUCUUGUAAUGAAUAACCUCAAACAUUUCAAAUACAUAUUCUGCACAUGAAUUCAAAUCUCAACAUUUGACUUUGUUUCAUGUUGCUUGUUCCUUCCUUCCAUUUUUGUUUAUUUCAUACUUCAGACAUUUUCCCUUCGCCACCUUUAAUUAAUCCCAAAAUUUGAUCUUUUCUCUACAAACCCUUCUAUGUCAUGUUUCAAAUUUUGAUCCAAAAGCAACCUUAUUUACACUUUUUGUCCUAAAGCAUUGAUUUUUAGCUAUAAAUCUUCAUAAUUUUGUUGAAUUCUAAUCUGGGUUUUUUCCAUUUUCAUACCUUCACUUAAUCACUUUGAAGCUUUGAUCUUGUAUCUGAUAAAAAUCUCAUCUUUUGAUUUUGAUUUUGUGUUAUAAUCAUGGGUAUUUGUUUGAGUAAAAAAGAAUCAGACCCAGAUCAAAGACAGGUUGAUUCUAGUCAUCGCAAUCCCAAUCCUAAUUCCAAUCACAAUCACAAUCACAAUUCCAAUCACAAUCAUAAUUCCAAUCAUAAUCAUAAUCACAAGAAUAAUGAACCCCAUGUGAAUCAAUCAAAACCAAAAGCCCCUUCUCAACAUGCCUCAAGUACAAAACAUGCUCAUAGAUCAGACACAAACACAAUUCUAGGUAAACAAUUUGAAGAUGUGAAACAAGUUUACACAAUUGGGAAAGAAUUGGGGAGAGGACAAUUUGGUGUGACUUAUAGAUGCACUCAGAAUUCAACUGGUUUGAAAUAUGCUUGCAAAUCGAUUUCGAAGAGGAAACUUGUUAGUACAGCUGAUAAGGAAGAUAUAAAGAGAGAGGUACAACUCAUGCAACAUAUGAGUGGACAACCAAAUAUUGUUGAGUUUAAAGGUGCUUAUGAGGAUAGAAAUUCAGUUCAUGUUGUUAUGGAACUCUGUGCUGGGGGCGAACUUUUCGAUAGGAUUAUUGCGAAAGGACAUUAUAGCGAACGAGCCGCGUCUUCGAUUUGUAGACAGAUUGUUAAUGUUGUUCAGAUUUGUCAUUUCAUGGGUGUGAUGCAUAGAGAUUUGAAGCCAGAGAAUUUCUUGCUGUCUAGUAAGGAUGAUAAGGCAAUUAUCAAGGUUACUGAUUUUGGCUUGUCGAUUUUCAUCGAAGAAGGAAAGGUAUAUCGAGAUAUAGUCGGUAGUGCAUAUUAUGUUGCGCCAGAAGUUCUACGUCGUAGAUAUGGGAAGGAAGUAGAUAUAUGGAGUGCAGGAGUUAUAUUGUAUAUCUUACUUUGUGGCGUGCCGCCGUUUUGGGCAGAGACGGAAAAGGGAAUAUUUGAGGCCAUAUUGCAAGGUCAUAUUGACUUUGAAAAUCGUCCAUGGCCAAGCAUAACAAACAGUGCUAAGGACCUUGUUCGUAGGAUGCUUAUACAAGACCCGAAGAAACGCAUCACUGCUACUCAGGUUCUAGAGCAUCCAUGGCUUAAAGAAGGUGGAAGUGCUUCUGAUAAGCCUAUAGACAGUGCAGUACUUUCUAGAAUGAAGCAAUUCAGAGCGAUGAAUAAACUAAAAAAACUCGCCCUCAAGGUAAUUGCUGAAAAUCUUUCUUCGGAAGAGAUUCAAGGUUUGAAGGCAAUGUUUACUAACAUGGACACCGACAAAAGUGGUACGAUCACAUACGAGGAAUUGAGAACAGGAUUGCACAGACUCGGCUCAAAGCUUACCGAAGCUGAAGUUCGGCAGCUUAUGGAAGCUGCUGAUGUAGACGGAAAUGGCACAAUCGAUUACAUAGAAUUCAUCACUGCUACUAUGCAUCGACACAGGUUAGAAAGAGACGAACAUCUUUACAAGGCCUUCAAGCAUUUCGAUAAAGACAAUAGCGGUUUUAUUACAAGAGAUGAACUGGAAACAGCCAUGAAGGAAUACGGUAUGGGCGACGCAGACACAAUCAAGGAAAUUAUAUCCGAAGUUGAUACCGAUAAUGAUGGUAGAAUCAACUAUGAAGAAUUUUGUACAAUGAUGAGAAGUGGAGUUCAUCAACAAGGCAAACUAUUCUAAAUCACACAAUUAUAUCACUAGUUUGAAUCUUCUGCGUCCAAGAUCAGCUAAUGAAAAAAGCUUAAACUUCUUUAGAUGUGAAAAGUGCUUUCAAAAGUUUCAUACAUCAUAUCAUAGGCAUGUAAAGCAUCUAAUAUAGAUUUGUUUUCUAUUCUUCUCUCAUAUUUCCCCUUUUUUGUUUCUUUUUAGUCUAGUUUUGAGCUCAGUAGCACCAACACCUCUGUAAAAAGGUCUCUCUAUGUCCUAAACAGAUACCGACACUUGUGAUUACGUUUAAUUUAUACAUUUUUGUAAUUAUUACCAGUGUUGAUGUGUCAGUGUCGGUAUCGUGUUUCUGAUGUCUGUGCUUUAUAGAUUUUGCGUCAUUUUGUAAUUUGUUUUGGACAAACACUCAUAAAGUAUGAACUCACCUAGGAAAGGUGAUUUUCUCAUUAA